UUUUUUUUUUUUUUUUCCAAAUCUAAUAAAGUACUGUAGUGCUAUAUCGUUUAAUUUUGAGGUGUGUGGUGUCUACUGAGUACUGACUCGUCCCAAAAAUGAACAUUUGCUCUCACCAUAGCUUAUGGCUAAAGCCAGCUUCUUUCUCUUCUUAUGGCCCAUUAUUCUGGGAGAAGAAAGGCCAUCCUUCUUCUUCUUCUUCUUCUUCUUCUUCUUCUUCUUAUUUUUCUCUUUCUUGUGGUUAUGUUGUUUGUUCAGUAGACAAAAAUGAGUCCCAACAACACUUUGAGGUUGACCAAGAUAAGGCCAGGGAUGCCCUUAAACAGCUCGACCAACAGCUGCAAUCCAUCUCCCAAAAACAACUUCGGUCUCCUAAAAUCAAAGGUGGUUGCCUAAAUGAGGAGUGCUACCGUCAACCUCCUGUUACAAUCUCUUAGUCAACCUCCACGCCCAAAAACACAUGUCGGAAUAUUUUUUUUCAAUUUUUUUUUACGGGGGUGUUCGUUAUGCUUACAACAUCAUCCCUAUAAAUUUUUUAAAAUUUUCAAAUAGUUACAGUGUUGAAAAUACGUUUGAAGUUUUUUGAACGCGCGUGGUAAACUGGAAUAUCAGAAACUCUGUUUUUGGUAUUGUAAACUAUUCGGAAUUUUUCAAAAAUCUACAGGGAUGGUACUGUAACUAUAACGAAUACUGCUAUGAAAAAAAUUGAAAAAAAAAUAUUCGGCAUGUGAUUUUGGACGUAGAGGUUGACUAAAAGGUUGUAAUAGGAGGUUGUAAUUAGCAUUUCUC